AUGAAUCGCCGUAACGCCGAGUCACGUAAAUCCAAGCGCACUAGGAUAAAGUCGCUAGUGUUCCUCCCGGAAGAACUCAUAGUACAAAUCCUAUCAUACCUUCCGGUUAAAUCUUUGAUGCAAUUGAAAUGCGUGAGUAAAGCAUGGAACACUUUCAUCUCCGAUCCAAAAUUCAUCAAAAUACAUCUUGAACAAUCCAAGAAAAACACACAAAUCCUGUGCAUGUCUCGGGGUUCUUAUAUCCUACCCUUCUUCUCGCUUAAUACUUUACUAAGCAAUCCUUCCGUAAUCAGUUCCACCAAAAACUACUUCCCAUCCGAUCCCGACUAUCAAUACCAAUUCAUUGGUUCCUGCAAUGGAUUAUUCUGUUUUCUUCUAUUGCAUAUGACAAAGUUUCCUCGAAAAUUCUUGUUUCAGUUAUGGAACCCAGCCACUAACACAUUGUCUAACAAAUUUGUUCAACAAUUCCAUUCAAGGCUAUUCUCUACUAGAUUUGCUCAACAAUCCCUUCCGAGGAUUCACGGGUUGUCAUUUGGUUAUGAUAAUUCAACUGAUACUUAUAAGAUUGUGCUUUUCGAGUCAAACAAGUUGGAAAUAUUUAGUUUAUGCAGUAAUGUUCUGAAAAUUAUUAAACUUCCUCACAUGGGUCCUUUACAGAAAUGGGACUAUGUUCCCAGAUGCAGGUUUCUUAGUGAAGCUGUGUAUUUGAAUGAUACUAUUAACUUGUUGGUCCGUGAGAAUGCUAAGAAAAUUGUGAUUAUCUCGCUCAAUCUGAAUACAGACACAUAUACCAAGUUUCUUCCCCCUCAAGAUUUUGUUGAAGUUAUACCUAAUUUGCCAACUAUUCAUGUGUUGGAAGACUCUCUCUAUUUUAGUCACCAUACCCAAAAAACCCAUUUUAUAAUAUGGAAGAUGAAGGAAUUUGGAAUUGAUAAAUCUUGGACUCAAUUUCUUAAAAUAAGUUAUGAGGAUUUGGAUAUUCAUAAUAAAUAUGGAUGUUCUCUGGCUCCACUCUGUCUUUAUGAGAAUUGCAGCAUCGCACUAGUACAAGGAGAAACCGAUGGUAGAUUGCAAGUGAUUGUCUAUAAUUGGUUUGAGAAUAGAAUAGAAAAAAUUAGAAUGGUGAAGCGAAUGAAUUGGAUGUUUAACCAAAAUUAUGUUGAAAGCUUGGUUCCUACGAGUUGA